CCCUGAGAAAAUAUUGCUCCUGGACCUGACCCACUCACAUACACACACUGGGGUGUCCUGUCAACAGGGUGUUUUUUUCCCCUCCCAUGUUAUCAAUGUGAAAUGUGGGUGCACUGUUUGACGAGUGUAGUGGCUGAUCUGUAGUGAGGGGGAACCGUUUGGAUGUAUUUUGAGGUCCCUUAGGGGACUGCAAGGACUUGUGGGAAGAUGACCUGGUUUCUAAUUUUCUCCUCUCCUGCCUGAGCUGUGGGCAAGUCGCUGCUACAAACAGAGAAGCCCAUGAAAGAAAGAAAGGAGUGUGAGACAGUGUGCGCUGCCCUGGAUCUAUUUGGAUUAUGGCCUCGCUAGCUGCGUAAAACUGGAUUUUAUUUAUCAUCUUUCAUGGACGCAGGAGUGACUGUGAUUCUCUCUCAGUAGAUUCAGGUGAGCAGCCAUGGCUAAUCUGCAGCAGGAAUACCCUCGGGUCCUUCUGGGGAUCCUGGAGGAACUGGCCAAUAUGCGCCAAUGGCUAUCCUUCCAGGAUCUUUGUCGUAUGGUCAGCACCCGCUUUGACCUGGAGCACCUAAUCGAGCUCAGGAGUUUGCUGUAUGCUGCCGCCUGCCAGGACCCCUGUUUCCCAGCGACUCUCUUCAGAGACCGGGUUUCCACCAGAGGCCAGGGGUUGUCACCCAUAGGCGUUGCUGCAGACAUCGUGACUAUCUUUAAUCUCAUUCAGAUGACGGGUGGUGCCCCUGAUGACGGCCAACCAAUGAGAGGCCAGGUGGUCCUCCCCGUCGACCAGUCCCCAGGCCCCAGUCUGCCUGGAAUACACCAGCAGAACCUUUCUGGUCGAGAACGAGCACGUGCCCACUCUGACUCCGGUGGCAGGCCUAUCGAUCAGCACUUGCUGUUUCCAAGAUCGAAUUACUCCGCCCAAAAGCGAGGAAGUCUUCCCCCUGAUCCCGCCUCACUUGUGUCCUCUCCAAUCAGGGCGAGGGCUGUGUCUUUCGACCUGCCUCACACCACACUUUUGUACCCUAGUGGCCAAAUCCCCAACGAGGUUAUGAAGAAUAUCUACUUGCCUUUGGAGACGGACAGUGAGUCAAGUGGAGAUUCUGCGCCUAUGGAGGUGUUUGAGGAUGAACAGGGAUCGUCUGUCGACCAGAAGAGAAACAUCUUUAAGAAGGACUUCCAUAACCAGCCACCUCUAAUACCACAGGUGACUGUUAACAGCGAGUCCCCCAGUCCCAGCGCGGUUCCGAAAGGCUUCGACAAUCACUGCUUUGAAACUGUCCAGAAUCCCUACCCGUCACCAGCAAACGUCAACCAGUCGCCAGAGCAGCAGCCUAAACAUGAGAGCCUUGAUGACCUGCAGGACUCAACUUACUUCGGACCCCGGCCGAUGCCAGAUUGGUCCCCCCAGCACCUUCAACCUCCCAGGGCCAAGAGGCCCAUCUGGAGCAACAAGAGUCACAGUCUAGAGGACCGGAUAGGCCUGGGCAGCAUUGGAAUGGGGAUGGAAUCACAAGGGGGGCAGUUUCCAAGACGGUCAACCCCAGCUAUCAGCAAAUUGGGGGGGUCCUCAGGAGGCGAGAGUGGGGAUAGUGGAUUGCCAAGUGGAGGCGAUGGAGUCAAAGCUCAAGGAACCCAGACAGACCCACCGGACACCCGGCGCCUCCGUAGCCUGGUCCACGCCGAUCGCUUCUCCUUCAUGACCUCACUAGACGACCCUGAGUUUGGUGAGGAUGACAUCAGUGCCAUCUUUCGUUUCUUAGAUGACAUAAGCAUGUGCGGUUCCACGGGAGUCCUGCACCCCAGCGAUGGAUCAGCUGCCAUUAACCAGGACACCCCCGAGGCCAGACGUGGCCGCCUAGGGCAACUCCAAAGGCUUUUCCACUCUCUGGAAAGCAGCGACGAUGGGCUCAAGGCCAGCGUCUGUAAGCUGCUGCUCCGUAUGAGCCAGAUAGAAAGACAACUGGAUUCUCUAAACGAUGUAAAGGCUGAGAUCUCCCAGGUACUGUCUGCUCUGCAGCGGCUGGAUGAAAAGAUCCAGCAGCCCAUCGGUGGUGACGGACAAAUCACCGGUGGGCGAUGGCUGGAGCCUCUCAGCGGCGUCUCCUCCUUUAUGAGCCACCCUAUAACCCCCUCUGAUACAUCAGAGCCUCAGCCUCUGUCUGUGUCUGAGCAUAUGUAUCCAAGGACCAGCACUAGCAGUCUGGAAUGGAACCAGUGGGACACCGCCGGGGCGCAAACGGAAAGCAGCAAAGCUCAGGCUGAUUCAAAGGGGAGGAAAGAUGGGAAGAAGGAGGUAUCAUCUCGACGCGCCUCCAAAACCCAGACUGAAGAGAAAAUUGUCUCUGAUUCCAAACACCCGUUUGUGUCUAACUCUGCAAGAGACUGGUCAGUGUCAUUCUCCAAAAGCAAAGAUGGCAAAGCUUCACAUGGAAAGGCAGAUCAAUCAGGCAGCACGACUAAUCUACUCUCUAAAAAGUCUUCCAACCUGAUGGAACAAGUGUUCAACUCGUCCCUGUUCCGCCACAAAGACAGCAGUCUGACAGGUGGGCUGUCCUCUGGGAAGAUCCUGGACCCCAGACUGUCUGAGGGGAGGGGGAGGCCCAUAUGGACUGUGGACGACAGAGAAGCACGGAUCUCCCCUCUGAACUUACAGACCCAGGAGUCUCUGAACCCCAACAACAUGGAGUUCUGGAUGGACGACAUCUACACUCCGGGCUACGAUGCACUACUCAGGCGUAAAGAGGCUGACCUCCGCCGGGCCAAGAUCUGCAAGCUGCUGGCAUUCAUUGUCACUGCAGUGGUCAUCAUUCUCAUCAUUGUCAUUCCCGUUUGCACCAUGUCAUGAAGACUCUCGCAGAGAUCCCACAUUGUUGCCUGUUUUCAUUUUAUUGAUUUCUUUUCAGCAGCUAUGUGCUGUACACAGGAACUUGCACGCCAUUCUCAUUAGAGAGACUUGUGACACCCGGACCAUAAAGCUGGAUCGGUUCACAUUCAGUAACUCCUUACACUUCUCUGCAUGCAGCAACAUUAUUUAUGACUUCAUAAAAACAGGAGUAUUUGAACUGUGGCUUACUUUGAAACUGAGUCACUCCCUCAUGCAGUUACACCAAAUUGAAUCUUUCUCCCAUUUGCUGUCAUUUAUUUCAUGACUUUUAUUAGUAAUAAUUUCAGGUGGCUGCAAAUGGAAGUAAUUAAGGAUGAAUGUUUUAAAUAAUCUGAAAAUGUCUCUGAGAGGAUAUGUGGAAACUAGUAAUACUGAGCCAAUGCAAUUUUUCUUUUUUUUCUCAUUUUGCCUGCUCUUUUCUGAGAAACAAUACUGUUACAAAUGCAUUGUGAAUCAGCUUCAGCCUUGAGCACUGCCUGACUCUUUCUCGCUGUUUCCUUGAGACUACCACAGGGCUUAUUUUACUUCUAAGAUAAUAGUUUAUCUGUACAUUAGAGUUUUACAUCCUCCGUUCAUAAAUAGUAAUGGAUUCUGUCGACAGGAGCGUUUUUACUUUCUCUUAGUUUGUAUGUUCUUGUCCUUUAUUUAAGCAACAAGAUAUACUGCUCAAACAAGCUUAAAUCAAUAAAAAUAAUAUUUUUAUAGAGUACCCUACCAUUUUUCAAACUGGAAAAAUAGAAGCUGUUUAAUCCACUCAUGAAUGUGUUUGGGCUGGAGUGUUUACCGAGUCUCAGGUUUCAAAACCUGAAAGAUUAAAAUUGUGUUGUUGUUGUUGAAGCAGUGAAGGAAAGAGGGAGCCUCUUCCAGUAAACACUCUCUGAGUGGGAGAUUCCACUUGUAAUUCAAUUGAUGGGCUGUUUGGAGUGCACCUACGCACAUUAUCCUAUCACUGUACUCACUUGGCCAGAGCUUUUCUCCACAUACCUGCAGACUCACUUAGCACCAACAAAUUCAUAGCGUCCUUUCACAGAGGAUGAAAGUAGAAUCUCGCCUGUGGUGUGACAUUCCAUUUUGUAAAAACAUCCUGUUGACUCCGGAGACGUUAUAUUUAAAUCGAAUCUUGGUGCUGGAGUGUAAAAUCUAUGGGGGGUUGACACAAAAACAUGCACACUUUUAAAGGGUACCUAUUAUGCUGUUGUGCUUUUCCCUUUUCCUUUAGGGUGUUAUAUAGUUUCUCAUGCAUGUAAAAGGUCUGCAGAGUUACAACGCCCAAAGUCCACAACAUAGGGAGUUACAUUCCCCAACAGAAACACUGCUCCUGAACUGCCUGAAACGCCUUGAUUGAAGUCCCGCCUUUUCUUCCAUAACGUGGUGAUGUCACCAAGUAAC